CUCGAUCGGCGAUAUUCCUUAAACCUCUACGGUCAUAAUUGAAAAAAUAAUGUCAACUCGCUCAAACGUUCUCGUCACUGGUGGUAGUGGAUACAUCGGUUCACACGUUGUACUUCAAUUACUCUUAUCCAAACGUUACAAUGUCGCCGUUAUCGACAACUCCGCCAACUCUCACCCAGAAUCCAUCAAGCGUGUUGAAUCCAUCGCUGCGGAGGAAACAGGUGAAGACCAAAAGGUUAGAUUGUUCCAAGGUGACUUGAAGAAGAAGGCAGACGUUGAGAACAUCUUCAGCUACUUCGAACAAAACGAGGAUAAGAAGGGUAUCACCGGUGUUAUCCACAUUGCUGCAUUGAAGGCUGUUGGUGAAUCAGCUGAGAAGCCAUUAGACUACUACUUGAACAACAUCGCUGCAUCCAUCCAACUUUUGGAAGUUAUGAGAGAACACAACUGCUACAACUUCGUUUACUCUUCAUCAGCUACCGUCUACGGUGAACCACCAAAGGUUCCAAUCCCAGAAACGUCACCAUUGCAAUCUGAGUCACCAUACUCACGUACAAAGGUCUUCUUCGAGCAAAUGUUGAAGGAUAUCGCCAACUCACAACCAGACAAGUGGCGUAUCAUCUCAUUGAGAUACUUCAACCCAGCUGGUGCUCACCCAUCAGGUAAAAUUGGUGAAGACCCACUCGGAAAGCCAAACAACUUGUUGCCAUUGUUGGCACAAAUCUCCGUUGGUAGAUCAUACGGUCAAUUGAAGGUUUUCGGUAACGACUACCCAACCUACGAUGGUACCUGUGUUCGUGAUUACAUCCACGUCAUGGAUUUGGCCGCCGGACACAUGAACGCUCUUGACGCUCUCGACAGAGAUGAAAUUUUCCAUGAUGUUGGUCCAGGUAAGGCUAAGGCUUACAACCUCGGUACUGGUCAAGGUCAAUCUGUCUUGACAAUGAUUGAAUCAAUGCGUGAAGCUUCUGGAUUCGAUUAUCAAUACCAAAUCGUUGAGAGAAGAGCAGGUGAUGUACCAAACCUCACUGCUGAUCCUGCACUCGCACAAAAGGAGUUAGGUUUCAAGACUGUCAGAGAUUUGAAGCAAAUGUGCCAAGACACCGUUAGAUGGCAAAAAGGCAAUCCAAAUGGUUAUAGAAACUAAAACUGUAAUAUUUAAUUUAAUACAAAACUAAUUAUCUUCCUGCUUU